CCUUGUAGGUAGUAAGUAAACAGACUAUUCUUGCGUAAACUGGGGGGGGGGUCAUCUAGUGAAUUUCACAGGAUGUAACAUGAUCUUGACAUUGCACAGCCUUCUUUGUCCAACAAUACCAUAAAUGUAUGAUGGAAUGUGAUAGGGGAAGUUGACGGUCCGUUAAAGGCGGGGUGUCGCCAUCAGCAUCAGUCCACCAGCAUCAACACCAUGAGCCGCCUGCUGCUCGGAGCCCUGCUGCUGGGAAAGCUGUGCGUCUGCCUCACAGCCACAGAGAUCCUUGCUCCUCCCGCCAACGUAAUGUUUGAUUCUGUGGAUUAUAAAAAUGUUCUGCGUUGGAAUGCGACCAACAGCAGCUUGGCGCUGUACUACGUCCAGUGGAAGAUUUACGGUGAGCCGCAGUGGUUGGAUGUGAACGGGUGUCAGGGAAUCCGGAACAACAGUGGUGACGUCAGCGAUGUGACCUCUGACCCCAGAGAGUGGUACUAUGCCCGUGUGCAGGCUUACUCGGUUCCCUCCAGCAAAUCGACUUGGAGCCUGUCGCCCCGCUUCAGCCCACGCUGGGACACCAAAAUCAGUCCACCCGUGCUGAAGCUGAACAUCACAAGGCAGGAAGUGGUGAUCCGUGUGAGGCCUCCCCGCAUGCUGGUCCGGAAGAUCCACAAAGUAUUAUACUACAAAAUCUACGUCAUACACUCCAGUGGAAAGGAGGAAGUGUUUAAGCUGGAGUGUUGCUCCAGGACAAUGACCCUGAGGCGCGGGUCCAGGUACUGCAUCCAGGCUCAGACCAUUCUGCCCCUGCAGGGACGGAGCAGCAAUCGCAGCUCAAAGAAAUGCGAUGGCACACAGUAGACUGGACUCCGAAUGGCCGAAUGAGAAGAUUUGCAUCAAUCUUCAUUAUUCGUCUUCUACCUCGACGGCUGCAGCCGAAAUGCGUCCACAACACGCCACACAUGAUGCAGUUUACAUUCAGACCGAUUUGAACUUUUCAUACUGUAGCAACUCUAAUAAUCCCAAAUCCUUGAAUAAUGUAACUGCAUUAAUUCAGGUAUUUCUCUCUUUAGCUGUGCUUUAGAAAAUAAAAGUGUUAAAAUGCAUCAUGGUGCAGUAGGAUGAAGCCUUUAACAUGCAAAAUUAUUUUCCUUUUUUGUGCAAGACUUAUUAAUUGUAUCACACAGUAUGAAUAAAAUACUUAACAUUUGCAGUGCUUCAUUGUCUUGUGGGUGUUUGAAACACUUUUCAGGGAGUUUAAAAUACUUUUUUUCACCCUUAAAACAGACAUUUGUUUUGAUUUAGACUUUAUUCAAAAUAAACUUGAAACUUUUUGAUGAAUCAUGUGAAAUAACCAAUACUGUUAAAAAAAAAACAACCGUUCAAUGAAACAGUAGUUGAAGCUUGAUGCGAUCAAGAAAGAUUCAGUGUCCAAUUUAAAGAGGUCAUACUAUACAGCUUCUCAGCAAGAUAAUCUGGGUCAGCGGGUGUCUCGUGUAAACGGUCUGCCACAAAAACAAAAAA